CAAGCCACCUCAUCCCUCCACCAACCACGAGUCAAACCCACCGCAGCAAAGGGACAGCGGCGGAGAUGUCGGGCCGUGGCAAGGGAGGAAAGGGGCUCGGAAAGGGCGGCGCCAAGCGCCACCGGAAGGUGCUGCGCGACAACAUCCAGGGCAUCACCAAGCCGGCCAUCCGUCGCCUGGCGCGCCGCGGCGGCGUGAAGCGCAUCUCGGGGCUCAUCUACGAGGAGACCCGCGGCGUGCUCAAGAUCUUCCUCGAGAACGUCAUCCGCGACGCCGUCACCUACACCGAGCACGCCCGCCGCAAGACCGUCACCGCCAUGGACGUCGUCUACGCGCUCAAGCGCCAGGGCCGCACCCUCUACGGUUUCGGCGGUUAGGCCCGCCAGAUCCGUCGCCCGCGGAAACCAGAUUAGGAGCUAGCCUCUGUUUAGGAUUCAUGUUCUGUUGUGGGGUAAUUGCAGUAUCUCGCUGUCUUGUUUCCUCUGUUCUGCUGUUUGGUGCAUGGACAAACUGAUCACUGCUGGUUUGCUAGAAUGGAAUGGAAUGGAAAUUUCACCCUUGAA